AUGUGCGAAUCAUUCACAAGAUUACCAGUGGAGAUGUUCGAGUCGUGUACGUCUAUCUUUCCCCUUGAUUUGCGACGAACCCCUUCUCUCGAGAGCUUCUCGUUAUGGUGGUGUCCCAACUUGAUUGCUGAGAUGCCUAGUGGAUUUGGCUAUCUUACCAGCUUAAGGAAUGUGGAGAUUGGCCCCUUCUCGGAUUACUCUGUAAUCGAAUUUGAUUGGGCUGGAUUAGCAUCUUCAUCAACACUCCGACACAUGUCUUUACGUGGAAUGCCUGACAUGAAAUCUCUGCCACAUCAGCUUCAAGACUUGACUACCAUCACAUCACUAUCUCUACGUGACUUCGGAGCAAUCGAAGCUUUACCAGAUUGGCUUGGGAACCUUGCGUCUCUUGAUGAGCUAAUCCUAUUCGGUUGCGAAAAGCUUGAAUAUUUACCCUCCAUGGCUGCCAUGGAACGCCUCAAAUUAAGACGUCUGGAAAUUGGUAAUUGUCCUCUAUUAACCGAAACAUGCACUCCUCAAAGCGGCUCCGAGUGGCCCAAGAUCUCUAAUAUUCAAGAGCUUGAAAUUGAUUAA